GACAUGCAGAAGACCUUCAACAGCUACAAGUGUCUGAUGAUCUCCAUCAACUUGAGCAGCCGUCACUUCCUGCGAGGCGACAGCGCCGAGCUGCAGGAGCUGCAGGAAGCGCUGAGCUCAGCCAAUCACAGCUGGACGCAGGCCUGCAGCGGCCUGGAGAGCUGGGAGAGGAGGCUGCACUCUGCACUAAUGCAGUGUCAGGAGUUCCACGAGACUCUUCACUCUCUGCUGCUGUGGCUCGCUCAGGCCGAGAACAAACUGUACGCCGUGAACGUCGGAGACCUUUCGACUCCACGAUCCGUCCUGCUGGAGCACCGCGACACUCUGACGGCUCUGCAGGAGGAGCUCCGCGGUCGCCGCCGGCAGGUUUCCUCCCUGCAGGAGAUCUCCUCACAGCUGCUGCUGGAGGCCACGGCGGAGGACAGCGUGGAGGCCAAAGAGAAGGUCCACGUCAUCGGCAACAAGCUGCAGCUGCUGCUGCGGCAGGCGGCAACCGACCUGCAGACGCUGCAGGGGAGGCUGGAAGCCUGUUCGACCAGUUCAGAGAUGGACAGCAUCGGUCUGGGAACCAUCGGCUCGCCGCUGCUCAAGGAGGAGGUCAGUCGACAGGCAGCGAUCAUCGGACAACCAGCAACUAGAAGGGAGGAGCGACGGGAAUCGUCCCCACACCGGCCCUUCUUCUACCGGGUUCUUCGAGCCGCCUUCCCCCUUCACCUGCUGUUCUUCGUCCUGCUGGUCCUGGCCUGUCUGGUUCCUCUGUCCGAAGAAGACUACAGCUGCACUCUGUCCAACAACUUCGCCCGGUCCUUCUACCCGAUGCUGCGCUACACCAACGGCCCUCCGCCCACGUGAACACUGCCCAGAACAAACGUACACGAGGGCGAAGCGCCACCCUUCGUGUCCGACAAACUCUCGUGUUCUUGACUCUGCCGUAUUUAAAAGAAGUGUUUAUUUAUUGUUCUAAAUAAGAAGCCAUAUCACUGGUUUGUUUUUAAGUUUUGUGAUUUUUUUUUAUAUGUAGAUUUCGCCAGUUUGACGUCCUGCCGAACAGCUUCGAAGGAAACAAAGGUCACGAGAUUUAUUUUGAUAUCUAUAUUUUGUACGCGACGCUAGUACGAAGACGACCCUUCUUACCAAAGCAUCCAGCGACCGAGGAGCGCACUAGCCAUUUUCUAACAAUGCAGCUAUUUUUACCGGUUUUUCCUAGAAGGCAGCCACUUGUUGAUUAGCACAUUUUGUACAGACACGAGAAGAUGAGUGUGUUGUUCUGGGGUUUUUUUUGUUUUUGUUUUUAUGAUUUAGAGAUAUUUAAAGUUUCUUUUUGAAACUGAUGGCAGUGACUCUUCAUGCCUUUCUGUAGCCAACACAACCAUCACGUUAACACAUCUUGUCCUUUUAAAUUAAUCUUGUACAUAAUGACAAACCACAGAGGAGGUAAAUUAUUGUUUCUGAGCUCGAGAAUGAAAGUAGCCUGAAAUAAAAAUGACUCAAGUCGCACUGGCUUGUUACGUUUUGGUGCAAAAGUUCUAUUUUCCUACAAUUACGCAGAAAACUUUGGACUAUUUUAGCAAGUUGCUAAAGCUAAAGUUCCUCAAUUCAAAGCUGCAUUAAGAGGGGAAUGCAAAAUGAUCAUCCUGCUGCAGUUUUGGUCUAAUUCCUGACACUUUUAAUAUUCGUUUCUGGCCGAGCUGCGAUGUUUAGAGCUGUGUCGUCAAUGUGACGCUUUAAAACCAAACCCAAAAAAAAAAAACCCCAAGCUGGGAGCUAAUUUGCUGUGUUUUCUGGCCCUAUGUGCAAAUUUCAAAAAUGAUACAUCAGUUUGUGUCGAUUGAUUUGAUGUUUUAUCAAAAAUGUUGCUUAAUGAAGCUUUAAAGAAGAGACGCAACCAACAUUAUUUUAGUUGUUUGGUUAAAAAACGAUGACAACUGUCUUGUUUUGUCCAAAGAUGCUCAGUUUAAACCAGAAAAUAUCCACAUUUAAGAAGUUGGAAUCAGAGAAUUCACACUUUCUGAUGAACUGAUUGUCAGAAUAGUUUUGUUAAUGGUUGCAGCUCUACUUUAAAGUGAAUCCUACUUGUAAAUGUGUACUAUAACAGUGAUGUAGCAUUAUUAGCUCUGGUAUUUUAUGUCAAUAAAUCUAAAAACUAUUAAAUUAUAAAGAUUUGCUACUCACCCAGCACUCUCAGAUUGAACCCGCAGACUGAAACCCUGCAAAUGUCAAACAUUUGAAACAAGGUUAAAACACAGAAUGAUGUGAAAUGUACUGAUUUUUGUUGUGGUGUUAAUGUGAAAUUUACCUUUAAAAACGCUCUUCAGUGCAGCUGGUGUCAAAAUCUAACAAGCCAGAACUUGGGGUCAAACUUGAAUGUAAGAAGUCCUGCGAGCAAUGAAUGUAGCCGUGUACAUGCACAAUCAGAGAUGUACCGCUGGUGUUUAUCGAUCCCGACGUAACCUGUACAGCCUCCGCUCAGACGGCCAACACGACAGCAACAAACGACAACACGUGUGUAAAGUUUGAUUUAUUUUGUGAUCUCUUAUUUAUGGGAUGUAUAGAUUGUCCGUUUCGAUUGACAAUAAAACUGUGUUUGCCAUGA